GGGGAAAUGUGUUGUUUUCACAUUUUGUAGCAAAUAUAUCUAACAUAUUUCAAAAUAUAUUAUGGUUUUAUUAAUGUUGUCUAUUUUCGCAGUUUAUAUUAAGGAUGGAUGAGCAAAACAAUCGUGUAUUAGAAAUAGUUUCUGAAGAUGGUCAAGUUGUACAGAACACCAUCUCUGCGGCGGUGGCGACCUGCACAGGACCUGCAUCUCUGUCCGGAGAAUUCAACGCCAACCAAGUACAGUGGACAGCUCUUGGUCCUCAGAACACGUACAUCACUUUUCACACGCUCCCUUUUAACCUCGAUCAGAUCCAGGGAGCCGCAGAACUGACCGCAGUGGGAGAAGGCAGUGAGUUGGCCAUCAUUUCCAGCGAUGGGACAGUUGUCGGUGGACCGGAACAGUUUGUUCUUUCCGACAGUGGUAGUAGCAAACAGUAUGUUCUUCCUGUCAAUGCUGGCAGUAAGCAGUUUAUUCUUUCUGACAGUGGUAGCAGUAAGGAGUUUGUUCUUUCCGACAGCACCAACAGUAAGCAGUUUAUUCUUUCGGACAGUGGUAGCAGUAAGGAGUUUGUCCUUUCUGACAGCACUAGCAGUAAGCAGUUUAUUCUUUCGGACAGUGGUAGUAGUAAGGAGUUUGUUCUUUCCGACAGCACCAGCAGUAAGCAGUAUGUUCUUUCUGAUGGUGCUGGCAGUAAGCCAUUUGUUCUUUCUGACAGUGCUGGCAGUAAGCCGUUUGUUCUUCCUGACAAUGCUGGCAGUAAGCAGUAUGUUGUUUCUGACAGAGCAAUCAAUAAACACAGUAUCGCUUUCACUAAAUCAGCCCAGACAGAGUUUAUUCUGCAGACUGGCGCUGGAAAGAAAGAGGAUGUCUUUCCAAUGCAGUCUCACUUUAUUAUUCAGUCCGGCACUGACGGCAAACCUGCAGCUUUCUCUGACCCGGGUCAGUCUGAUGGUCAAUCUCAGGUCAUUCUUCAGACCAGUGUUCAUGGUAAACAGAAUACAUCUUACAUGGAACCGGAUCAUUCAAGAUUUAUUAUACAGAACGCAAGUGGAUGCGUCGCUGAUCCGACUUAUACAGAACCGGAUCUCUCUGGGUUUAUUUUACAGAAUUCGUCUCAAGACAGUCACAACACAUCCUUUGUUGAACCCAAUCCGUCUCAGUUCACAGCGCAGGCUACUGCUCAAGGUGACCACAAUACAUUGUACACUGAUCCGAAUAGGGCUCGAUUCGUGUUGCAGAAUGGUGCCGAGGGUAAGAGUGAUGCUGGUUAUUCCAAAACAGACCAGUCUAAUCUUGCAUCUCAGGUUGUUAUGGAGACAGGUGCUGGUGGGAAAAUGGAUGCAGUCGUCCCGAGGUCAGUCCCGACAGAGAUUUCAUCAGAAAACAAAUCGCAGACUUUGGAAUACCCCCAACUUCCAACUACAGAUGUGGAUAAACUUUCUGUGUUUUCCAAUGUGUGUGUGUCGAUCUCGUCCACUCUACUAGACGUGAUUCCGGACUGUGAGUCUGUCCUACUGGACGAGGUCCAGUCUGAGACUAACGCACGGCUACAGAAAACCGACCUCGGCUACAGCGUCACCGGCAGCCUGGACAUGGUCGUCCACCUCUACAACCACUUACAGGAGCUGCUCAACAUCCCAGGCAGCUCCAGGUUAAAAUUUGUUGGAGAGGAGGUGACGAAACCAGAAGUCCAUCACCGAGGAACCAACUGCAAUAUCUUAGUUCCGUUUGUGUCGUCGAGGGGUCGAGAAAUCCACCAGCCAUCCCGGUACGGAGGGUGUCUGCAGCUCCAGGAGCUGGAUGAUGAGGAUGAUGAUGAUGGGGAUCAUAAACCAGUUCUUUCAAGACGAGGGCGCAAAUCUCAGCCCAAGAAACUCCGCGGAACGGUUGUUUCUAUGAAAUCUGAAGAGGUGCUCAAGAAGACCAACGUUUCUAAACCGUUAGAUGCAUUAACGUAUACAGCAGCUGGCACCACAAUAAAUAUGCCAGAGGAUGUUCAGAAACAGUAUAAUUAUGAUUCUAGUUUGGAAUACACCCCAAAAUACACCGGGUCAAAGAAGCCUGAAAGACCGGGGAAGCAGUAUGAAGCAUUGUCGCCGUUUAAAUUCUUUUGUCCAAUGUGUUCGUUUAGGACAAAACGUGAGAGUCAUUUCGAGAAGCACAGGAAGCUGCACGAGAACAACAGCACUAAACUACAGCACUGCUCCAAGUGUAACUUCGUGUCGGUGCGGCUGAGCGUGUUGCGGCGCCACGAGAUCAUCCACAGUACUCAUGUGUUCCAGUGUAACAUCUGUGCGUACAAAGCCGACAACCUAAAGCUGUUACGUCGACACAGACUGUUACGACACGAGUCGAACCAGGAGAAGAGAAACCAGCUCAAGUUCUGUCCCGACUGCGAGUACAAGACCGUGCACAACACCCUGUAUCACCGCCAUCUUCAGACACACGCGUCUACCAGAGCACUACCAACAAAUGGAGCUACAACUGAGUAUGUGUGUAACGAGUGCUCGUACACGACAAUUCGUAAAGAGCAUUACAUCCGACAUCGUAAGAAUGUCCACGGCAACGCCCGCCCCUUCCUGUGUGACACAUGUGGCAUGGCGUUCAAGCGGCCCGACACACUGGCCCAACACAAGAUUGUCCACGUCGACAGGAAGGACCGGCUGUUCGCAUUCAACUGCAGUCAGUGUAACAAAGGAUUCAGAUCUCAGGCACAUUUGAAAGAACACGAGACAAUGCACUCAAAAGACAGACCGUUUCUUUGUGAUCACUGUGGAGCAUCGUUCAAAACACCACAAGUUCAGAAGAAACACAUCCAGACAAUUCACCUCAACCCGAGAUCGUUCUCCUGCGGAGAAUGCAACAAGUGUUUCAACACCAAGUACGCACUUCACCGCCACCUGCGCACCCAUGAACUACAGCAACAACAACAGACUGACCUGCAGGCGGCGACAGUGGACAUUGAGCAGACAGACAUCCCGAGUCUGUCCACUGACCAGCUGUCCGAGAUUGACCCUGACACGCUACAGACGAUACAGACUCAACAGGCCCUCGAUGUGGUGGGUGCGGCCAUGGAGGAAUCGUUCGACCAGUCGGAUGAGACAUUACAUCAGGCCUACAUUCAGCCAAACGAAACUACUACGGCAUUGUUGUAUUUGACAGGGAAUUUACAAAAUAUUGAGUACAAUCCUUCAUAGCCUAUGGUUAUUUUUCCUCUUCUGUGUAGGUGUUUGGCUAUGGGUGUGUGUCUGUAAUGUGUUAGUGUGGGUGGGUUGGUGAGUGUAUAAUUUUGUGUGCGUGGAUAAAGGAAAGAUAAUCAUUAAAAAACAUUUUUUAUUUUUUAUUUACUGCAUUCAUACCUGGGUCCACAUAAAUGCUAUGUAUUUUCCCCUACAUGUUAAAAAAUAAUAUAAAACUAACUUGGAAUUAGCAUCUAUCCUUUUUUUCCAAUAGAGUCCGGUGUCCAGAAACUAAUUUUUUUUAUUAAGGAGUUAAUUUCUUACAAUGCACCUAUGAAAUGUGACUAUUAUACAUCUUUCAGGUAAUACCGGCCUCGGUGUCGUCGUGGUUAGGCCAUCGGUCUACAGGCUGGUAGGUACUGGGUUCGGAUACCAGUCGAGGCAUGGGAUUUUUAAUCCAGAUACCGACUCCAAACCCU